GAAAAACUGGUUUUCCAGAAAAUUGGAUCUUUAAGAGUCAUGGGCCCGAAUCCUUUUAGAGUAUUUACUACCUCACUGAGGUCUAUCGAUCCAUGUACAAAGCAUUUGAAUCGGAAGUAGGCAUCUCGGGAGGUUCCCUCGUUAGCAAUAAAGUUCUUUCACAAAAUCUGAAGAUAAUUUGUAUCGUUCUAACAUUAGAUUUAAAAAUCAUAUGACGGAUUUACAAUUUAUUGAAAUAACGAAUCGUUGGAUAAGUGAAACUCAAGUUAAAAUAAAAUGUGAAGUGGCUACUAAUAAUCAUCAAGCAGCACGUUUAAAAAAUAUGAUUUAUUCACAUCGAGAUAAAAUUGAUUCUAUACUCAAUCCAAAUCUAGACAAACAGACAUCCAAUUCAAAUGAAGUAUUUAGUUUAUUUCGCGAUAUUGUUCUAUUAACUUAUGAGCGUGCACUCUAUUUAAAAUGUAUGAAUAGUGAACUGAUGAUACCAGCAACAUUAAUUCAAACAUUGAAACAUAAUGGAUUUCUAAAUGAAGAAGAAUUAUUAAACGAUUUACAACGUGAGAAAAUCCACGAACAAAGUGCAAAUACUCUGACAGCAUCAACAUUGAGUCGUCGUACAAGUCAUGUCAGCGGUGUUAGUAACGAUAAUGAAAAUAAAUCAGUUAAAUUUGCCGCUACACCUUCACAUAAAUCAUCACCACAAAAUAUUCAACAACAACAAGAUGAUCAGACAAUUUCAACAAUAAAAAUGCUACUUCACACAAAUGAAAAACAAGACACAUCAGAUGAAAUUGUUGAUCCAUCAUCUAAGUUUUUAAAUUUUUUCCUUAAAGCAUAUCGUCAAAUUGCUGUCAGUUCAUCAACAAGUUCUACUGGAACAAAAGCAUCGUCAAAAAAAUCAUUAUCAGCUGCUAAAAAACGUAAAGAUGAAAGUGUUCAAGAUCAAACACAAUCUGAACAAACGCAACCUGUAAAUGGUGUGAAUAAAUCGAUAAAGAACACACAACAACAACAACAACAGCAACAACAACAAAGAGUUUUGGAAGAAGAUGGUUCUAAAACGAUUGUUCAUAGAGAAAGACGUAUUAAAACCCGUGAUGAAAUUUAUGCCCUGUAUUGUACGUUUGGCGAAAAGAAACAUGUUGGUCAAGAUUUUACGUCAAAAAUUUUGAAUAUUUUACGAGACUCAUUAGAAGGGAUUCUUUCACAUUCAGAGCUUUACUAUCGUGAUAAAGGUUCUCGACCAGUAACUCGACCACAAGCUAUAUCGGAAAGAUUUGAAGAGUAUGCGCAAAUUAUGAUUGAAAAAUUAAAAAAUUACGAAGAGCAAUGUUGUACACAUCACAAUCUUUCAUUAAGAGAAUUUCGUGAUUUAUUAGAAUUAUUUGAAAAAACAUCAGCCAAUAUGCCAAAAAUUGUUUUAGAACAAAUGUUAAGAGAUGCUGUGAAUCAAAUUCAGUCUAAAAAACAACAAUUCGAUCAACAUCUCAACGAAAAUUUAACACAAUUUCAACAACAAAAAGAUAAACAUUUUGACAAAUUACGUCCGACUCUGGGUCAUCCAUCACGUAAAAACGAUUUGAAUGAAUUGAAUAAUGAAGAAAAACAACGGCAAGAAAAGUUGGAACAUUUCAACAAAGAUUUACGAACAAAAACAAUGGAUGAUCUUUACAAUGAUGCACAAGCAAUAUUUGAAACAUUAGCUCGAAAUUCUGAGCAAUUAUUUAUUUUAUUUGAUGAUUUGUUAACAGUAGAUGAUGUACAUAGAUUUAAGUUACCAUCUCCCAAACAAGUUCUACCCGAAUUGAUUCGUCGUCAACAAGCCGGUUUGCCAUUGGACGAUCCGGAACCUGGUCCACUUAUUGAACGAAAACAAGGAAUUUGGCCGGGAAUAUCACUUAAUGAGCUGAUACCUAUUGAACGUGUUCAAACUACAGCACAAAAGAGAGAUCCAUCGCAAAAAUCGUCGACAAAAAUUAAGUCUUCCGAUACCGAAACACUAGCUGAACAACAACAACAACAACAAACCCACAAUUCACAGCAAGAUCAAGGUGAUAACACUUUGAAAACAUCUACUACCACUGAAAAAAAACGUGUAUCAAUAAGUCAGGGACAAGUUCAACGACGAGGAAAAGAGCAAACAGUGUCAGCAACGGUGAUUACUCAAAAAACAACACUACCACAUAUCCAAACACAAAAAGAAAGAGAUAAAACAUACGACGUAUGUAUUCGAAGUGAUCUUCGAGUUUUAAAUCUACGCAACUAA